AUGUCUGAGAAGAGAACAGGAACACAGAUGCAUCAACAGAGACCAGAGUCUCCUGGACCUCAUCCCAGCGGGAUGGCAAUCAGGAGUGAUUCCUCUGUGGAUAAACUCAUUGGCUUCAACGAUGGGCAGCAGUCUGCUGAUCAAAGAGACCAUCAGCAGAGACCAGACUCUCCUGGACCUAGCUGUGUGUCCAUGAAGAGUGACAGGUCCAUGGAUAAACCAAUUACUUUUAAAGGACACAAGUGUGAAACACAGAUCCAUGAGCAGAGACCAGAAUCUGCUGAACCCAGCUGUGUGUCCAUGAAGAGUGACAGAGAUCAGCAGCAGAGCACAGAGGUACCCAGGGUGUUCCAGCUGCUGGAGGAGAAUAUCAUCACUUUUGUGAAAAAUGAGUUGAAAAGAGUCCAAAGGGUUCUGAGUCCAGACAAUCCAAAAGGCUUAGAGGGUCAGAGUGAGGAUGAGGAAAUGUUAGACAGUGGGGAGGACGAGCAGGGGAGGAACAGCAGAGAGGCAUUUCUGAAGAUCACACUGCACUUCCUGAGGAGAAUGAAACAGGAGGAGCUGGCUGACCAUCUGCAGAGCAGUAAGAGGAUUUUAACAGAGUUAAAAUGUAACCUGCACAAGAAGUUCCAGUGUCUGUUUGAGGGGAUCGCUAAAGCAGGAAACCCAACUCUUCUGAAUCAGAUCUACACAGAGCUCUACAUCAUAGAGGGAGGGACCGCAGAGGUCAAUAAUGAGCAUGAGAUCCGACAGAUUGAAACAGCAUCCAGGAAACCAGUCAGACCAGAAACAACCAUCAGAUGUCAAGAUAUCUUUAGAACGUCACCUGGAAGAGAUGAAGCAAUCAGAACAGUGAUGACAAAGGGAGUGGCUGGCAUUGGGAAAACAGUCUUAACACAGAAGUUCACUCUGGACUGGGCUGAAGACAAAGUCAACCAUGACAUACAGUUCACAUUUCCAUUCACCUUCAGAGAGCUGAAUGCGCUGAAAGAGAAAACAUACAGCUUGGUGGAACUUGUUCAUCACUUCUUUACUGAAACCAAAGAAGCUGGAAUCUGCAGGUUUGAAGAGUUCCAGGUUGUGUUCAUCUUUGACGGUCUGGAUGAGUGUCGACUUCCUCUGGACUUCCACAACACUGAGAUCCUGACUGAUGUUACAGAGUCCACCUCAGUGGAUGUGCUGCUGACAAACCUCAUCAGGGGGAAACUGCUUCCCUCUGCUCGCCUCUGGAUAACCACACGACCUGCAGCAGCUAAUCAGAUCCCUCCAGAGUGUGUUGACAUAAUGACAGAAAUCAGAGGGUUUACUGACCCACAGAAGGAGGAGUACUUCAGGAAGAGAUUUAGAGAUGAGGAGCAGGUCAACACCAUCAUCUCCCACAUCAAAACAUCACGAAGCCUCCACAUCAUGUGCCACAUGCCAGUCUUCUGCUGGAUCACUGCUACAGUUCUGGAAGAUGUGUUGAAAAGCAGAGAGGGAGGAGAGCUGCCCAAGACCCUGACUGAGAUGUACAUCCACUUCUUGGUAGUUCAGACAAAACUGAAGAAUGUCAAGUUUGAUGGAGGAGCUGAGGCAGAUCCACACUGGAAACCAGAGAGUAGGAAGAUGAUUGAGUCUCUGGGAAAACUGGCUUUUGAGCAGCUGCAGAAAGGCAACCUGAUCUUCUAUGAAUCAGACCUGACAGAGUGUGGCAUCGAUAUCAGAGCAGCCUCAGUGUACUCAGGAGUGUUCACACAGGUCUUUAAAGAGGAGAGAGGGCUGUACCAGGACAAAGUGUUCUGCUUCGUUCAUCUGAGUGUUCAGGAGUUUCUGGCUGCUCUUCAUGUCCAUCUGACAUUCAUCAACUCUGGAAUCAAUCUGCUAGCAGGGGAUCAAAAAACUUCCUGGUGUUGUGGUGUUUUCCGAGGCAAAUCAACAGGUUUCUACCAGGGUGCUGUGGACAAGGCCUUACAGAGUCCAAACGGACACCUGGACUUGUUCCUCCGCUUCCUCCUGGGCCUUUCACUUCAGACAAAUCAGAAUCUCCUACAAGGCCUGCUGACACAGGCAGGCAGUAGCUCACAGACCAGAAAAAAAACAGUUAAGUACAUCAAGGAGCAGAUCAGUGAGAAUCUGUCUGCGGAAAGAAGCAUUAAUCUGUUCCACUGUCUGAAUGAACUGAAGGAUUGCUCUCUAGAGGAGCAGAUCCAACAUUACCUGAGUUCAGGAAGUCUCACCACAGACAAACUGUCACCUGCUCAGUGGUCAGCUCUGGUCUUCAUCCUACUGUUAUCAGCAAAAGAUCUAGAUGUGUUUGACCUGAAGAAAUACUCUGCUUCAGAGGAGGCUCUUAUGUGGCUGCUGCCUGUGCUCAAACCCUCCACCAAAGCUCUGUAA